AUCGUUCCUAUCUUAUUUUGUUGGGGUUUGUUCGUAAGAAAGAAGAAAGAAGAAAGAAGAAAGAUUGCAACUCAAUUCGACUCUUAAAUAGCCCCUCUCUGUUUUUUUUCUGCCUAAAUCAGUGUAAUUAACCAUGAAGACGAGGAUUGCGCUCUUCUUCUCCUUCCUCUUCUUCUUCGUUACAACUUUCUGCUACCGCUCCAGUGCAAGAGACACCCUAACUCUCUCUACUCCUCUCCUUGACGCCGGCGGAGCGAUCUUGAUCUCCGAUGGCGGUAGAUUCGCGCUUGGAUUCUUCAGCCCCGUCGGCUCCAGCAAUCGCUACAUCGGCAUAUGGCACCACAACAUCAACGACAACCAAACCGUGGUAUGGGUUGCCAACCGCAAACAUGCUAUCACCGGCCGGUCCGGCCGUCUCUCUCUAACCGCCGACCGAGGACUCACUGUCACCGAUGGAAACUCAACUGCUGUUUGGUCCUCCCACUCGGCGACGGUUCUCAAGAACCCCGUCGCGCAACUCCUCGAUUCCGGAAACUUCGUGAUCAGUAACGACAGCUCUGUAGCGUGGCAGAGCUUC